GAUUUGAGGACUUACACAACGUAUAGGCUAUCUCAAAGGCUGGACGACAGACUACGUUGAUGUUGAUGAACGAUCGUGAGGGAAAAUGAUAAAUCUUAUGCUUUCGGCAAACUGAUCUCAGUUCUCUGCUCGAUUAAUAAGAUGGAUUACAGUCCCAGAAGAGCAUUGUGUCCGAAUCAAACACAGCUAUUUCCCUGUAUCGGAUUUCCAAGCUGGUCGUUUGAAGACUGGGCCCAGUUUGAGCUUGAUACUUUGGAAGACAUUUUCAAGAGAUCAGACUGGCAAGAGAGAGCCCUGAAACCUGCUCUAUCCUCCAUUCUCGCCCCAGCCCUCUGCGCUGUUUACGCGACAUAUGGGGAUAACGAAAUCUCGAAUCUCGAUGAUGACCGAGUCGUUUGGGAUCGACAGUACACACUUAAGGAUUUAUCCAGCAUUAAAGUUAAGAUACAGAGAGCGGAUAGUCCCAGCUCCCCGAGCGAUAGCUUUUUCUUCCCGAUUACGGAUGACCGCGAGAGGUCUCGGUCACUGGAAUUACUCUACCCGCCGAUUGCAAACAUAGUUGAGAUCAAAGAAAAACUGCAUCCUCCCUGUGAUUCCGGAAGGUCCUCGCCAAUAUUUGUUUCUGGGUACGAAGCAGAACGACAAAGAAACGACAUCAAGCAGUUCGGACGAGAAGUGGCGUCUAAGCUUGCUGAGAGAAGAGCUGAAUACGCGAAACGAAGAGCGAGUCAGAUUCAUGAAGAAAGGGAAAUGAUCGAGCGUAACAUAGAAGAAGCAGUCAGAAACAAAGCGAAGCAGUUGCAAGCGGCGGACCACUUAGAGAAGGACGGUUCAUUCCUAAAAGAAAGACGAGCCAAGUUAUGGAGAAGAUGUGCCAACAUGGCGGAAAUUUUAGCGAAAGAAGAAACAGAGGCCACGCUUUGGCAGAACAAAUAUAAAGAAGCUAUUUCAGUCGCAUCCGGGUGUUUCAUGUUUUUUUAAGCAGACCAGUUUGCAGAGGAUUAACUGUAGCCUCAGUGAAGGACGCCACGGUUCACGGAGAGAUGACAACGAGUCUUCCUGCCUCGACGGGGCGGUCCGGCUCAAGAGCGAUGCUAAUCCAAGAGGGAAGGUACUCGCGAGACUGAGGCUGCUCACGAGAGUGAGGUUGCUUGCGAGAACGAAGGAUGUCAAGAGGAGAGCCGACCGCGCGAACUGAGCCGAUCUCAAAAUUGUGCACGAGUACGAGGCCAGUCACGAGAACGAGGCUUUCACGUAAAGGAAAUAGACGAUGUGAUCUUGGCCGGCAAAUCUUUACACAUACGUGUAAAUUCAAAAAUUUUUAAUGAUUUUUAAUAAUUUUUAAACGGCCGUUGACAAAUACAAACAUUAAUGAGGGAAAACCUUCUUUUUGAGGCCAGUUUUUUAAAUUGAAUUUCCUGGAUCUGAUUCCAAGAGUGACGAUGCCUA